AUGAGACCCCACGCCAUCUGGAGGGAUCAGAUCCCCAACAGAGAGAAAUACGGCAAUGUUGUCUGGUCUAUAGCAUACAGGCCUGAUGGACAGCAGUUGGUGGUAGCUGUGGGCAACCGAGUGCUUCUCUACGACGCCAACGAUGGCGAUCUGGUCCACAGUUUGAAAGGCCAUCGAGAUAGUGUGUACUGCGUAACUUACUCGAAACAAGGGAAGAGGUUCGCAUCUGGUGGAGCCGACCAUCAAGUCAUCAUCUGGACUAGCAAAGGCGAGGGAAUUCUGAAAUAUAGCCAUAGCGACUCGAUCCAAUUCCUGGCCUACAACCCCGUGACACAGCAGCUAGCGAGCGGAACUCACAAUGAUAUAGGACUUUGGAGUCCUGAACAAAAGAGUGUUCAGAAACAUAAGGUGCCUGCUAGAGUUCUCUGCAUAUCGUGGACAACGGAUGGACUGCAUUUGGCGCUCGGCUUGUUCAAUGGGCACGUAUCCAUUCGCGACAAGUUUUGCGCGGAGAAGAGCAAAAUAAUUAGAUCUGAACCCGUAUGGUGCUUAGCGUGGAACCCCAGUCCCUCGAGAUCUGAAUCCACCGAAAUCCUCACGGUCGGCUGCUGGGACCAGACGUUAUCCUUUUAUAAGCUUUCUGGUCAAGAAGCUGGACCACAGCAUAAGCUAGGCUACGACCCUUGCUCGAUCUCCUUCUUCUCAUCUGGAGAAUACUUCGCUCUGGGCGGCUUUGAUGGGCGCGUCCAACUAUGGACCAGAGACGGGAUUUUACUCGAAGACAUCGGUCAAAUGGACAGCCCUGUCUGGAGCUUAGCCGUCAGACCUAUGGGUCCACCGAGCAUCACGAUCGGCACAGAAAAUGGCGAUGUGGCUGCUUAUCAAUUGAUCUUCUCCACGGUCCAUGGACUUCACAAAGAUCGUUACGCUUACCGAGAUAAAAUGACCGACGUUGUCUUGCAACACUUAGUGUCUGAUGAGAAAGUUCGUAUUCGGUGUAAAGAUCAUGUGAAGAAGAUAGCCGUUUACCGUAAUCGACUAGUUGUUCAACUCCCUCAAAAGGUAUUAGUAUAUGAAGUACCCGGUGACGACCCGCUUGAUAUGCGAUACCAGCCAGUGGACAAGGUCCGUAUCACCUUGGACUGCUCGUUGCUGGUGGCCACUGCCCAGCAUUUCAUCCUUUGUCACGAGAAACAACUACAACUAUAUUCGAGUGCUGGUGUUAUGGAACGCGAAUGGCAUCUAGAUAGUCUCAUACGAUACAUCAAGGUCUUCGGAGGAGUACCCGGGAGUGAGGGCAUCCUGGCAGGACUCAAGAACGGUCAUAUUGUAAAGAUCUUCAUCAACAGCGCCUUUCCGAUAACGGUUAUAAAGCAGACGAGUCCCGUGAGGUGCCUCGACUUCUCAUGCGAUCGGAAAAAGCUCGCUAUCGUUAAUGAGAGCGCUACGUUGAUGGUCUACGACUUGGAAACACAGAAGCUGUUAUACCAGGAAGCAGGAGCCAGCUCGGUAGCAUGGAACCAGGAGUUCCCCGAUAUGGUCGCAUACUCCGGAAACGACACGCUCUGCAUCAAGACUGGCAGCUUUCCUCCUCACCCUCAGAAGCUGCAUGGAUUCGUUGUCGGUUUCAAAGGCAGUAAAAUUUUCUGUCUAAAAUCCUCGUCGAUGGAAACUGUCGAGAUUCCUCAGGGGCCCUCGCUUUACAGGUAUUUAUCCGUUGGUAACUUUUCCGCGGCAUACGAAGUUGCCUGUCUCGGUGUGACCGACGGUGACUGGCGACAGCUGGCUUUGUACGCUCUCAAGGAAAUGGUCUUCGAUGUGGCCCGCAGAGCUUUCAUUAGAAUACGCGAUGUAUGGUACUUAGAGGAGUUCUCCAAGAGGGAUUGGAGCAAGGAAGAUCGUGCUUUGGUGGCGGCCUAUGUUCUGGCCUAUGAAGGCCGCUUCCAUGAAGCUGCUGUACUCUUUGGUCAAGCGAAGGAAUACGGUCUGGCAACGGAAAUGUUCACUGAUCUCAGGAGGUGGGAUGAUGCCAAGAAAUGGGCUGAUAUUCACGAGAAGGCUGUCCAGAAGGGCGAGAUUGAUAUACCAAGUAAAGAGCAGCUAUCAGCCCCUGAGAACAAGGAAGACAACGCCAACUUGGUUCCUGAUGGGAACAGUCCUGGAGAAAUUUCCAAGCGAGGGCCUUCUACUACAACGGGUUUGAUGCUAAAGCAAGCUGAGUCAAGUGAAGAAGAUGGUGAUUUACGUGCUGCGGCCGAUAUGUACCUCCAAGUUGGGCAGAAGGAGCGUGCGGCGGCCCUCUACACUCGAAUAGGGGCUCUCGAGCCCCUCAUUGAGAUUGUCCGUUCCUGUGACCGACAGAAUGACCAAGACGAGGGGAUCAUGCUGGACGCUGCGGCCUGCUUCAUAAAACAUGAUCAUUACAUGUUUGCAAAGGAAGCUUUAACGAAAGCGGAAGACUUUGAGAACCUCAUUAGUCUGCAUGUGAAGAAGAGCAGGUGGGAGGAAGCGUUCCAGCUGGCUCGAUCACAUCCCGAGCUGGCCGAAGAGAUCUACCUACCUUGGGGCAACUGGUUGAUCAGCAACGACAGAUACGAAGAAGCCUAUGAAGCAUUUGAGAAGGCUGGUCGCUCUGACCUAAGUUCUGACAUGCUGCGUCAGCUGACCAACCUCUCGGCUGAGCAAAAGCUCUUCAAGCAAGCUGGCAUGUACAGUUAA